CACAAGUCGAAUGUUCAGAUGUGUUUUAUCGCAGAUGUCAGAACCUUACGCCUGUAGGAAACACCAGAAGAGGAAGUUCUACAUCCUCUAGUGUUCUGUUCGUUCUCUAGUGUCUGCUGUUCGAAUACUGAAUUCUGAAAUGGUGUCUUAAUUGUAUUCUGCUGUCAGAUUUCGGAUGUAAUUUUGAGGACGACUACAAUAUUAUCUCUACGAAUUUUUGACUCAUCCCUUUUACAAACCAUCUCAUCAUGAAGCUUUUCAUCUGCAUCUUCUUUCUUGUGGUUGUCAUCGGACCUUGCAUCGAGGCGAGGAGUUUCAAUUUCGGAAAUUUCUUCCUCGGAAGUGGCAAGAAAGCUCUCGACAACGAUGCAGACGCUCCACCUGCAGCCUCAGAACCCAAUCUUUUCGAAAGCGAUCCUUUAGACUACAGUACCGAUGUUGAUUCCGAGGGAUACAAUUCAUCGUCUGAUGAUAUCUUCGAUUUUGAUUUCCAGAAUUCAUCAUCAGAUAGUUUAGAAACCUCCAGUCGUAACGAAUCGGAUAAUAUACCCAUCAAAUCUGAUAAUACGACAACCCCAGUAGCAGAAGUUCAUAACAAUGAGACGCAUCUUUCUGACAAGAAAGAAACGACAACGUCUGUUUCCUCCACUGUGACCAGCAAAAAAACAACGCUGGCAGAAGCCGCAUCAACUGCUGCUAACAUAUCAAAAGAAUCUCAGAGUACAGUCGCUGCUGAACAAGAGGAAGUCGUUUUGGGAACAACAACUGGAGCCACAGCUGUUCCGAUUCCAAAAACAAUUUUCCAGAAGAGCAUUGAUUGGGUGGAAGAUGCUUACACAUUGAGCAUCUUGAUACCAAUAACAGCUGGUGUCCUUUUUGCAACAACCAUUAUCGUUGUAGUGGCUCUCUGUAGAUGCCUGAGAAGAUGUUGUAGACGCAGAGCAUUUAAACGGAAACCACUCCCGGAUUCAGUUAAGAAUUUGAGACCUUCAGAUCGGGCAAGAUUGUUGGGAGACACAUCUGAUGAAGAAUUCUAAUACCAAGAAAAUAUUUAAUUGCUCACAAAGAAAAACUGAACAGAGCUGAUGCACAGUGAAGGAGGAAAUAUGAACAUCAAAGAGAAGAGAAAAUGUAUUUAAAAAAAAAACAAACAGAAAAGCAAUGUUGAUGUAUCUACAGUGCCUUUUGCAAUUUCUCUCUUGGUAACACCAGUUUACACAUAAACACACAGUGUUCCUCAAAGUUGUGAACAUCAC